AUGGGAAAGUAGUGUGUUGGUAAACAAGGCUGGUUACGUGGACAAUUUUGUUUUCAAUCGUUCUGCUUUGGAACACUUUGUUCAGUGCUGUUUCAAGAUGGACGUUAGUGCGUUUUCCGGAGAUGAUUUUGAUGUGAGCGCCUGGAUAAACGGAUCGUACGAGCGGUCGCAAAAGACAGCCGGUGGAUCAUCGACCGGCAAGCAGGCGUUCGUUUCUUCCCUCGUAUCCAAGAUGCAGCUGUAUGUGCAGCAAAUAAACGUCGCCCUUGAGCAGACUGGUGGGCAGGUGCUGAAAAACAUCCCCAAAGUGAUUAGUGACGCUAACAUGCUGCAGAUCGAGUCGGGACUGUUAAAACAACGCAUGGAUCAGGUCCAGCGAGAGAUCGCGCACCUGCAAACAGAAACCGGCGAUUGCAUGGUCAGCCUCGAGCGGCUAGAUUCGGUCAAGCAGCGACUACAAACGUCUAAACAGUGCCUGCAGGAGGCAGACGGUUGGGGGAAGCUGGCGAGCGAGCUGGACGAUUUGCUCGAAAAGUCGGACAUUGAAGCUUCGAGUGGCAAGCUACUGUCGUUGCAAAAAUCGCUAACUGCGCAGAUAGGUCUACAUGGGCACGCAGAACGUGAAAACCAGGUGGAGUACUUCAAGAAUCGACUGGAAGCCCUCAUUAGUCCGUCGGUUGUGGCCGCACUGCGAUCGAUGGACAGUGCCGCUUGUCGUCGGUACGUCACGAUCUUCGAAGGAAUUGAUCGGCUACCGCAGCUACGCCAGUACUACCGAACGGUGCUGAAAAGUUUCGUGCAGGAGCACUGGCGUAGUGCCGUCGAGGGCAGCGAGAGCGGUGGAACUGAUGUGCUGAAGGAGUUUUACGAUAUGCUACAGGAGCUGUUAAAGAACCAACUACGUUGGUGUGGUCAAUGCUUCGGUGACGCUACCGAUUGCGUUCUAGCCGUUGCGGAAGCACUGGAAAAUAUCGAUCCCACCCGCGAGAGUAUUGUACGGAGCGCGCUCAAGCGAGCGAACGAUAAAUUUUGGACCUUGGCACAAUUUUCAAAGACCAACGUGACCGCCGGCGCGUUGGUGGAAGGACUGGUACGAACAGACAUACGGUGUGAUGAUGAGGCGAUCAUAGAUCGGUUGGCCGGGUCCAUGUUUCUAUUCUUCGGUAUAUUUCUGAAGGAGUACCCCACUCUGGAAAACGCUCACCUGGAAGCGACCCUUCACGGGCUAACGAUCGUCGGUGCAACUCCUGCCGACAGCGUGCACAAUUUGGAAAGUGCCAACGCCAAAGUAUCCCGCUGGGCCGAGGAAGCUCUUACGCGCUGUCAGGAAAUCACGCAGGACUGCGCUCUGCUCUCCCUCGGAAGUGUCCUGCAAAGCUACCUUCUAUCGUUCCUCGAGCAAUAUAACAGAGUGCAGAAGCAACUUGCGGCUAGUCAACCAAACCACACCGACUGGAAUCUGCUACAGUUGAGCGUCGUUUUGCUGCAGUACCUCGGCGCGUUCCGCCAGUCCGUGCACGAGCUCGAGCAAACGUUCAUUCAGCAUGUGCUGAGCAAGCAAGCCCAGCUGAGCGGACAGUCCACACGGGCCCACUUUGCGUACCGAAUGCACACACAGGGUGAUGCGAAUGACCUGCGUAAACUGGCCACCACGUUUCAGGCGGUCUCGUCGGAAACAGCCCGGGAAUACUUUACCGAGUUUCACGAGCGCAUAAAGCGCACGUGUGAAGACAUCCACGACACGAUGCUGCGUAUCGCCUUUUCGCCCAUCACGAAACACUUCCGGCAGAUGGAACCAUCUUCCAACGCUUCGGCGGUCGUAGGGUCGACCGCUAUGGAUGCCCUGCCGGACUAUAGCUACGCGCCGCAAGAGUACAUCACGCUCAUCAGCCAGUAUUUGCUUACGCUUCCGCAACACCUGGAACCGUUGUUGCUCUCGCCGGCCUCUACGCUGAAGACCGUGCUGGAAGUGGCUGAUGCGCGGUACGGCUCGAACCGACCAUGUGCUGACGUUUUCCUCGGUCUGGUCGUCGAAGAGUCGGAGGCCCUUUACGUGGAGCAGAUAGAAAACAUCUGCUCACUGAGUGUGUCCGGGGCGAAGCAGCUGGCCACGGAUAUCGAAUAUUUCGGCAGUGUGCUGGAAGAGAUGGGCCAGUCGCUGGGCGGGAAUCUACAGCAAACGGUUAAACUGUUGCGUGCCCCUCUGGAGUCAUACUCGAGUGCUGCGGCCGGUUGUGAUCCGGAGCUGGUUGCUGCGAUUCGCCAAAAGCGUAACUUGAUAUCUUGUUGAACGCUGUCAGGAAAAAGUGGCCUGGUGGUGCUUAUUUGUUGGUUCCAAAAUCAGUUUCUAUCGAAUUAAGUCAAGAGACACCAAAUACACGAAAAUACGCCGAAUUUUAUUAUUACUUUGCAACAUACUGUCGCUUAUUUCCUUUCGUACACUCGUCGUUUUGUUCUGUAUAUUGGCCGCGAUUAAGAUUUAUCGUUAUUUAAAAUAUAACUUAUCCAUCUUGCAAUCACGCAUUCGACAUUUAAAAUCCGUUGUUAAAAUGCACUUGAAAAGAAAAACAAAAA